UUGAAACCUUCGCGAUCGAAGACAUACCUGUCCAAUGUGACACGAUAGCCAAGAGAAGGAGGGUCAAUAAGGAUAAUGAUAAGGAUGAGUGAUGUAUAAUUUGACUGUAUAUAUCGAACGAAAAUACUCGAUGUGAGGAAAAAUUUCGGAGAAUCCGAUGUCAGUGUUAAAUCGUACAAAUAAGGGAACACUCGUCCACCUUAAUAAAGUUCGCAAAUAUGUUGAUUCGUGAGUUUGCCCUCAUGGCAUUAUUAUUUUUGCCUACAUUAUCGGACAAUGAUUGUCAAUGGUGUCACGCUAUCGAAUUUUGGAGCAGUGUCAUAUGUUCUAUGGAAAAUUCUAAAACUGUUCACUUUCAUAGCGUUCUCGAUGACAAUAGUAACUCUAUCCAUUUAGAAUCAUGCUUUGAGGCUUUUGUACAUAGUAUCGCGCGUAAAUGCGCGAUAGCGACUAUGUUGAGGACUUAUACGUUUCCUGACCCGGAAAACACAUCUUUUGUCGAUGAUAACGACGUAAUUUACGAGAUCGUGAAACAGCCAUCGAUUUGGAAAAUUACAUCCGACGAUGAGCUUCCCUUUCAGGUAACGUCUGCGAAAAUAAAAAGAAUAAUUCGAAACAGUAAAGCCUUUGGGGAGAACACGUGGAACGUACACGUGAUUCUUCCGAAGAACAUUCGCUCUUUCGAUCAAAUUUCGAAAGAUGAUUCGACGUUCGAGUGGAAACCGCACGAUCGAUUUAUCGUACUGAUUGCUUGCCGAGAGAAAGUGUUAAACAAGUCGAGGCUUGAUGGCAUUUUAAAGACAUUAUGGACCAAACGUAAGGUGCAAAGCAUCUUGGUUGCCGAGACAAUCGCUGUAAAUGACACUAAAACUGAUAGAGCUAUUCGUUCUUACAAUCCGUUCGCCAAAGUCAACGAUUCUGCAUAUGGUCAAGUCGAAAUUAUACAAAUAAAAACGGCAGAAGAGGCGUCAAAUUUGCUAUCUCAUUUAACUUACCAUCGAACAAAUAAUAUGAAUGGAUACGAAUUGAAAACGGGUUUAUUCUCUCCUACAGAAGAGACGGCAAGUGAACAGGCGAAAGUUGGAUUGAAUAACCGUGACAAUAAUACCGAUAUUUUCGAAGGACUUGAUGAAACAAUACUGGAUACGAUAUCUCAACGCAUGAAUUUCACAGCGAGAUGGAUACAUCCAACAGAUAAUAAAUUGUUCGGUCAUCAAUUAUCCAAUGGGACGUACGUCGGUGCUAUAGGCGACGUAGUGAACGGUAGAACGGACAUCUGCUUCGAGUCCUUUUUCAUAAAGAAAUACAGCAAUAAUAUCGAAGAAGAUAUAAACUUCAGCGUAUAUAUGGACUUCGAUAGGAUAUGCGUAAUUGUUCCUAAAGCGACUAAAAUACCCAAGGGACUUCGACUAUAUUACUUCUUUCCGCGUUCAGUUUGGAUCUGUUCAAUAUUGACGCAGAUCUUUGUAUAUCUAAUGUGGUAUUUUCUGCAAAUCUUCAUUCCAAGAAGAACGGGAAAGAUAAAUGUCUGGAAAAUGAUUUACCGAUUGAUUUUAUUAGACGUCGGUUGCCCCCAAAAAUUGCCAAACACGAAUGCUGAAAGAAUAUUAUUAUCGGGCAUUCUUCUCGCUAACAUCACUAUGACUGGUUUCUUCAGUGGUAUUUUAUACAAUAGUUUUGCGCAUGAUAUGUAUUACCCAGACAUUAACACUCUUCGCGAACUCGAUGCUUCGGGAUUGGUGAUAGCAUUGGCCUCUAUAAGUUUGACCGAUCUCUUUGACGAUGAUAACAGUUCGACAGUCAUGCGAAACUUACGAAGUAAAUUACGAUACGGCGAAAACGCCGUGGUUAACGCAGCGUAUUACCGAAAUGGUUCGGGAUUUGCAAAGGAAAAUUAUUUCCCCGCUUUUAGCGCGCAAUUCGUCGAUGUGGACGGUGGACCGUUGCUUCAUCUUGUCAAAGAAUGUCCAGGUGCAUUCUUUUUAUCGUAUUUGCUGCCCAAGAAUUCGAUUCUGCAGGAAGGAAUAAAUGAGUGGAUCAGUCGCUUGAAUCAAGGUGGUUUAACACUCUUGUGGAGCAAACAGAACAUUGAAAGUAUAAAAAAGGAACUGACUAAACGAACAACACUAACUACAAACGAGAAGCAAAUGAGCGAUUUUGUGCCAUUCAAUCUAUCCGAUGUGCAGUCAUCUUUUUACAUGCUGCUGACAGGGCAAUUAAUAUCUGCGAUAAUAUUUUUUCAUGAGAAAGGCUGGCUGAAAGGCCGAUCGUUAUCGCGACCGUCAAGAGAUCAAACUCGGAAUUUACGCGCUAGUCAUCAAAGAUAAAUAAAGCCACGCCUUUUUCUUUCUAGUCCUCCUUUUUUCCGCGUAAUUCCUUUUUCAAGAAACAAAAUUGCAAAAGUGCGCAGAGUACAAAAAAGAUACAAAGAAGGCGAAAGUUCUCUUCUUUCACGCUCCUAUUUCCUUCCGCACAUUCCAAUUCCGCCAAUUACAAGCAAAUUAUUAUAGUAGAUCUCAAUGAAUUCAGUAACAAUCUGAUCUAAUGGCAGUUUCGUCUUUGUAUUCUGCAAAUAUAAAAAUGUGAUAUAACACAAUAUAACACAAGAUAUAGGGCGUUAUAUUGCUAACAUUUUUAUACCAACAACAUUAUUACAUACAUUCGAUAAACGAAUAAAGCCUAUAAUCGAUCGGUGAUUAUGAAAAAAAUCGUAAAUAAAAAUCAAAAUAAAGAUGAAAUUGUAUACACACAUUUAUAUAUACUGUUUUUACAUUAGUUAUCCUUAAUCAUAUUAGCAAAUAUAUCUUAUAACAUGAAUCGAGCGUGCACAUUUGUUUCAUGGGUGUAUUCAGGAUGAUAUACACACACACCAUUAUGGACCAUCGACGUCCUGCGCGCAGGCUCUUUCACAACAUCAGAGAGGAAAACGUCGAGAGGGAGUGAAGGAUGCUCGUGAAUUUUCGCCAAUAACAUUGUCAGUAGCGUGACUAUCCACCGGCUGGAUCUACUCGUGAUAGUGUAACCUGUUGCCGUGGCAAAUCUCGGACGACAAAUAUUACAAAGUGCUUAGUUACUAAUGGUAUAAUGUUCACAUUCGAUUUAUUCAACACAUUAUAUGUAUUCUGAUUUUUUUUUCAAAAAAGCGAAAAAAGGAUAUUUUUCUGAAGAAAUAAGUAAUCCAGCAAGAUAGAUUUAAUCAGCAAAAAUGGGGAUUGUAACGUCACUCAUUUUGAUUCAAUUAAAUUCUGAUGGAAACUGUCACGCAUCACUCCAUCUUUGAAUAGACUUUUUUUCUUUUUAUUUUCUCUCUCUUUUCUUUUUUAUUUCGAAAUAAUCUCGAUGAAUGAACAUAGAAAGUUGCAAAUCACCCAAAUGAAUCGUUAAUUUGGAUCAUAAUUAGAAUGUAGAACAUAAUUAAUCGCGAAUUAAAAAUAUAUCAGCUGUUAAGGAAUCAGCUGGAACAGAAAAGAAUAACAUUGCUAGAUAAAUGACACAACCAGCGUCGCAAGUAUUUUCAGCUAUGUUAGAAAUGAAGAUGCAAAUGUGCUUGUUGUUAGAUAGUGAAAUAGAAUAUCGCGAUCUGUUGUUAUGCUUACUUGCAAGAACGUUUACAACCGGUAUCGGAUACCCUCGAAUACAUCCGAGUUGCCGAGAUAUCUGAAGAUUCGGGAAAAAGAAUAUGUCAAUUAUGUAUCAAUUGCAAAAUUAUACGGAUAUUAUCCGUGGGCUGAAUAUGACUGCGGAGGAGAUUGAUAUUUAUUUCGGUCAACUUGGUAACUUUACCGAUUAUAGGAGCGACUGUAUCGAAAC